AUGAUGAUGUGCUGGUUUGACGGCUGGUAUGACGUGGUUGUAGCAUGGCCCGACCUCGGGCCCGUCGUAGAAAACUUAGCCCAUCAUGGCGUGUUGGUAUUGAGCCAGGAAAAACGAUACGUGGUUCUGACAGGUAAUGUCGACACCAAAUCUGGCGUGAUAUGCAGCGAGUUUACGUCAUUCGUUGUUCACAAAAAUAGCAGGAUAGUCCUAGGUGGAGCGGUGAUCAACCGUGGUCGGUACUUUAGGACGACGAAAAAUGGAGUGAGUAGUGACCAGCGUCAGUGGAGUAUAUCUUAUAUCGAAAACCGAAAUCCAAAAGUGAGAUAG